AUGGCUAAUUUGAGUGAACUUUUGCACAUUACAUAUGAAUAUCCAGUUCGGGCGUAUCUCACGGUACAUGAUGAACCGGUCGCCGAGGUACGACUGCAGGACCAGCGUAGGUUACCUGUGAAGAAGUACAAUAUGAGUAUGGAUCAUGAAGCUCUCAUACGACGACAAGUCGAAUUGCAAUCUCGCAUCGCGAGGACGAUCGACAAUCUCAAAAAAAGCGGUAUGGCCAACAUUACGAUCGAUGCAAUCGAUAAUCGCCUGUUACGGCUAGACAGUUGCUGGGCUAAGUUCGAGCAGCAGCACGACGAAUUGAGCUCCAAGUACUGGGACCUCCUACAAGCUCACGAUUAUUGGAACAACGACUUUGUCAGUCAGGUCGAGGAGACAUACCUGCAACAGCGUAUUCAGCUCAUGACGAUGAGGCGAUCCUUGUCCGCGGCUGAGAAUCCCGGCAGUUCCAGUCAAGUCGAGGUGAGAUCGUCCGUGCCGCUAGCUACUUCACGUUCACGCACUACACUACCACGCAUCCAACUGCCGCGCUUCUCCGGCAAAUAUGGAAAAGCUGCACUAUCUUGUCUGGAGAAGGAGGCCGCUAGAUUAAUCAAGAAUUUGCCAACCACCGCUGAGAAUUACACACGAGCAUGGACCGCGCUCCAAGAAUACUACGAGAAUAAGCGUCUGUUAGUGCGAUCCUGCAUAGCUAAUUUCUCAGCGCUGCAAAAAAUGAAAAAUGAGUCGGCCGCCGAAUUACGUAAAAUAUUCCAUUGUGUGACCGAUGUUCAUGGCACGCUGGAGAGUGUUGGGCGUCCGGUUUCGAGCAGUGAGGACUUCUUCGUUCAUUUCAUAGUGGAACUUAUGGAUUCCCGGUCGCGGCGCGAAUGGGAAACUUCCCUUAGCGGUACCGCGGAGCCGCCAUCUUACUCCACCUUGAGGACCUUUCUAGAACAGAGGCUGCGGAUAUUGGAGGCUGUACACCCUGGAAAAUCGGACAGCGGAUCCGGUAAGCUCAAUGCUGAGAAGGGCAAGCCAGCGCAUACACACCAUGCCAAGAAGCCGGAAACUAGGAAGUGUCGCUGCUCACUGUGCCAAGCGGAGCACUCCUUGAUGCUGUGUGAGGUCUUCAAAGGGAAGUCGCCCUCGGAGAGGGUGCAGCACGUGCGAGAGAGCCAUCUCUGUAACAACUGUCUCGGCCAGCACAAGGUUAGUGAUUGUCCAUCGAAGAGAUCGUGUGCCGCUUGCGGAGAGCGGCAUCAUUCCAUGUUGCAUGACGCUCAUCGCGAUUGUGAGGGUGCCACGACGUCACUCGUGGCAAGCCAGUCGCCCAGUGGGCCAACCGUUCUCCUCGCUACGGCCGUGAUCCGCGUGGUUGAUAGGUUCGGCGUCCGGCACACCGCGCGAGCUCUCAUCGACCAAGGCUCUGAAACGUCGCUCAGAAGCUGA